CCUGGCUGACGAAAAGUUACGUGUCAUCUUUUUUUUCAAUUUGUUUGACUUGCUGGACGAAAAUGGAUCCUUGUUUUCAAUUUGUUUUUGCAAACCCAGAGCUUUUCCACUUCUUUACCAUCGUGAUCGUAAGAUAAAGAAGGCUGACCGAUUGACCAUUAUGUGUGCUUAACUGAGCUCUAGUCACCAUGGCCCUUGUGGCUGUGGGGCUGUGAGUAGCAGCCCUGAGGGUUGACUAGAGUAUCCAAGAGUCUUCAAGCUCUGAGGAUUGACCAAAGAAUCGGAGUAUUGUCGAGCCUUGAGGGUUGGCCAGAGUAUUUUAGUAUAUAUCUCCAAGCUUUGAGGGUCAACAAGAGUAUCUGUGAAUCACCAAGCACUGAGGGUUGAUUAGAAAGUCUCAAGUAGCUUCAAGCCCCAAGGAUUGGCUGUAGAAUCUGAGCAUCAUCAAGCCUUUUGGUUUGGCCGGAGUAUCUGAAUAGCUAGAGAAUCUUGAGAAUAUCCAAGGCCCGAGUGAUAACUAGCGUGUCUAAAUAUCUUCAAGAUUGGAUUAAAGUUUACACACCAAGUUUCACUCUUCACCAUAUUAACUGGAAAGUAAUCAUCAAGUCUGAUCAUUAACAUUGGUUCAGGUGGAUCCGUAAAAGCAUUCCUCUGUGAUUUAGCAACCAUUGAUAACAUCUUUGUUUACUGAUUUAGACAAGAGAGGUAUAGCUAUUUGAGAAGUGUGAGGGAUCUUAUAAGGUAACAACCUAUCUUCCUGCUUAAAGUUUCACCAACUAGACUCUGGACAUUGCUAUUUUCCAGAACAUAAUCACCAAUGGAGCAUCUCCUUGAAUGGGAGUGCACUCCUCGAUGUCGUUCCCAGGAGCAUGGCCAGGACAUGACUGCGGUCAUCACCUGUGGAACCACUCAUCAGAUCAAGACCUUCAUCCUCUCCCACUGCCUCAAUCCAUUCUUUGUCUCUGACUUCAGCGGAAGGAAUCUUCUUCAUGUUGCAGCUUCCUGUGGAAAGUUAGAGGUUGUGGAAUGGCUUCUGGCCAAAGGAGCAGAUUGUCGUGUAAGGGACAAGGAGUCUGGCUGGACCCCGCUGCAUAGGAGUCUGUUCUUUGGACAGAUCUCAUGUGCUAUCAGUCUAAUACGGCAUGGAGCAUCGUUGAAGCGAUACGACAAGGAUGAGCUGACCCCGUUGGAGUUGGUAAUGAAAGACAAACCAGCUUAUGUGACCUUUGACCCUGUGGAUCCUACCCAGGCUUAUUCAUGGGGAACCAACUCGAAUUUUAACCUCGGGCAUGGCAGGCAGCGGAGCAGAGAUCAACCUGAGCUGGUGGAUUCUCUAGCCGCAGACAAUCACAGUAUUAAACAGGUUGUAAUGUGCAAGUUCCACACCCUCUUUCUAACACACCAAGGUAGAGUGUUGGUGUGCGGUCAUGGCCAGGGUGGCAGACUUGGUCUUGGUGAUGAAGCAACCUGUCUGAGACCACAGCUUCUCAAAUCUCUUGGAGCCCGGUGUAAGAAGGUAGCAGCAGCGCGGGAUCAUUCUGUCUUCCUCAUGGACAGUGGAAAUGUGAUGUCCUGUGGUGAAAACACCUACCUCCAGCUUGGUCACUCCACCAUUGGUCAGAAAUGUUUGAUACCAAAGACAAUAGGCACCAAGAGCUUGAAGAACAAGGAGAUUAGAGGAAUAGCAGCAGGUCGCUUCCAUACAGUCAUCUAUACCAGAGAAGCUGUGUUCACGUUAGGACUGAAUGCAGGACAGCUAGGUCACUACAAAGGAGAGAAGUACAUUAGUAGCUUCCAUCAAGUCACCUCCCUCUCUCAUCCUAAUAUCAUCAUUAAGGAUGUAGUGACCAGUGAUGCUGCUACGGUCUGCUUGACCAAGGAUGGCGAUAUCUACGUCCUUCAUGAAUACCAGUGCAGGAAGGUCGCAUCAAAUCACCUGUCUUUGAAGCAGCUUGCAGUGAUUGGUGGUCAUCUCAAUGCCGAGCUGGCUGAAAAUGUUUUAAAGAAGCAGGGAGGAGAAGAACUUCAUCUUCUUGCUCUUCAUUCUAACGGCAAGGUUACCAGCUGGCGCAAGAGUGACAAUUCAUGGAGACGUUGCGUAUGGACCCAUCGUCGACAGCUAUCAGUAACUCGAUUCGCCUUUAAUGAACAGAACAUGGUCUUCGUGACAUCAGAGGGCGAAGGAUUCCGUGCCAAAUUUAUCAGUGCCAAGAAAAAUUCAGCUGACAUAUCCAGUAAACCUAGCACAGAGAAGGGAUCUAAGGAUGUCAAAGGGGAGCAGCCUGUGAGCAUAGAACGUCUACCAGUCAUUCACAGAGCUACUGGCGUUUCCUGUGACCCUCAAGGAGCCAACUUUGUCGUCCUACAGUCGGAUCCUAGAACAAGUCUAACAGAGCUUCCUGAACUGAGUGGAUCGGAGAUUGAGAAUGAUUUCAAACAGCUGAUGGUGGAAGCUGACUCCAUGGACUUGAUCCAUGAUGUACUUAUCAAGAAUGCUAAUAAUCGGAUUGCAGCUCAUAAGUACAUCCUCGCUCAGGGCAGUGAGUAUUUCAACAAGAUCUUUACCGAUCCCGAUGAAUCCUCAUCUGAGAACAAUGGAAAGAUAACCAACAAACCAGAGGUGGUCGUCGAUGACGAAGGAACCACAAUCAUUGACCUCACCGAUAUCAUCGACCACGACGUCUUCCACGUCCUAAUGCAGUAUAUGUACACCGGUACCUGCGAUGCGCUCCGCCCCGAUUUCCAGCUACGCAUUAGCCACUCAAAACAGCAUUGUUCUUCCAGCCCAAGAAGCAUAGACUGUGACCCCGGUUCGGGGGAUGUGUAUAACAGGGAAGAACUGACAAUUAAUGAGAGAAACCGACACCAGUCUGCUUAUUCUGUGUAUAGGGAACAUAGAACGGUCGGAGAGGGGAAGAAGAAAGGCAAGAAAGGGCAGAAAAAGGAAAAGGGAGUAAAGUCAGAUCACCUCAAAGCUGAGAAACAUGGACCUUUGUCAGCUGUCAGACAGGUUGUGGAAGAAGCUAAGAAAUUUGGAAUCAAGUCUCUUGCCAAAAGAUUGGACAAUGUCAAGGUGAUAGAUGGCAGACUGAGUAACUUUGGUCCAGCCCUGUCUGCGCUGAGCUUCCAUCGCACCAAUCAUCUCAGUGAUGUCAUCCUGAUGUCGGAGGAAGGAACCCAGUUCCCAUGCCAUAAGUGUGUCCUCUCGGCUCGGCUGGAUUACUUCCAAAGCAUGCUGGGAAGCGGAUGGAUGGAGGCUUCCACUAAUGAACCUCUUAAAAUGUCCAUGCCAGCUUCGAUCCUGGACCUACUAUUGGACUACCUGUACAUGGACCAGGUCCCAAAGCUUGAUGGAUGCCAGGACCUAGAGUUACUGUGUAACACCAUCGUCAUUGCGGACCAGCUCUUUGUGACCAGACUCAAGGAUAUGUGUGAGAUAGCGUUGGUCGACCUCGUAACACUGAGGAAUGUGGCCGAAUUGCUAGAGUUUGCCAGCAUGUACCAAGCCAAGCAGCUCAAAGCAAGCUGUCAUCAGUUCAUAUGCCUUAACCUUGCAUCCUUGGUUGAGUCUGGGAGUCUAGAACCGCUUGAUCAACACGUUCUGGAGGAUCUCUCAACAUCGUACAAGCAAACUCUACCAUACACCAGAUUCAUCAAGCCAUCAAUGAAUGCACCAGACAUCAGCCACAUUGACCCUAACCCACCUGAAGAUAAUGCCUCCCAUCAGGAUUCCACAAGCGCUCCUGCACAACCUAAAGCCUGGAACCCUACUUUAAACGACUUUGAGGCACUUGCUCGCAAGGCCAAGGCAAAGCGGAAGGGACGCCGACGCACCAGCAGCACCGGCAAGCAAUCGAGCAUGUCCAUUAGCGAGAGCUGCGAUGAUGCAAGCAUUUCCCAAGGAAACAAGACGGAUGCGGCAGCCCGGUCUGACUCCUGCAGUGAGGCCUUGCAGGACAUGUCCAUCUCAAGUCCUGCAGAGGUGUCUUCAAACCCAGAGGCUCAAAGAACAGUAUCACCUACUCCUGUUGAUCAAGUGAACACAGAAGCAUUGAUGUCUCCUGAUAAAGUAAUGCCCCCUGGAAGCGUGGAUGGGAUGUAUGCACUGGAGAGGAAACACAAAAGUGAGGGUAAUAUGGCCAAUAGAAAAGAGAGGAAGAAAGAUCCUGUCAAAGUUGCUGUCCACAAGGGGGAUCAAGAGAUUAAGGGAGAAAAGAAUGAACAUUCAUCUGGCAGCACCAAGACUUGGAGUUGGGCAAGCCCCAAGAGCCCAGUGACUGGUCUACGGGAUAUCAUGCAGUCCCAGUCAGAUAACAGGUCCCUCACCAGCCCUCAGGCCAGCACCUACACUGCACAAACCAAUGCUACAGGGCAGGCAGCCAAAGCGCCCUCAGUGUCCACCACAUCACCACUCCCGCUGUCCCCCACUCUCUCCCCCACCCAGAGACCGCAGCCCUCCAGCAGGGGCCACCACACCCCCAUGGGGAAGAAGUCGCAGAAGCAGAGGAAGAAGGAGGCUGCCCUGAUUGGGGGCGGGACGGACGAGAAGAAGCAUGGGGGCGGGGAACGAAGAGAUGGACCGGUGGCAGGAUAUCACAAGCCUGUGGCGUGUCCUUGGGCCAAGGUGACAUCCCCAGUCCAGCCAUCACAGGUUUCAUUCCGUGACCUUCAAGCUGAAGACAGAGCAGUCGAAUCCAUCUGGGAUACGAUCCCAUCUUCCCCGGACAAGAGAACCUCCGCAUCAAGAAAAAUAAGUUUUGGAUUAGCUACCCCAUCGUCAUCACGAGUUCAGGAGCCUGAGAUCACACCAGUAUGUACCAGUGGCCCGGCUUCCCCUGAGAGCCCUAAAGAAGUAACCAAUCCUUGGCAGAGAAGUGGUGCCGUGUCUCCUCCUACACCGUCUAUCAAGUUCUCUGAUAUCAUCAGAGCUGAGUCAGAACAAGAGACUAAUCUUGAUAAAGCAAAGAACAAGACGCUGGCACAGAUUCAGAUUGAAGAGCGUGCCAUAGAGGAGCUUUACACCCUAUACCAUGGUGAAGCAGGAAACCCAGGUCAUUAUAUCACCGUGGCAAGAGUUCAGAGUGCUGUAGCUACACCCCUCUGGAAGAAAAAAUCUGACGACAGAUGAUACAACUCACCGACAAUGACUGCCAGUGUGACCACUGAAAUCCUACAUGUAUUUUCAACAAACAGUAAUUUUUGACAUGUGCUCCUAUUUUGCCUCGUAAAAUGUUUCAUAAGUGUACUGUAGGUGUAAAAAGAUGGUACCGGUAUUUUCUUCAGUUAUUUACUUAAGUAGGGCUACUCAGUAUAGCAUAUUUGAGUAUUGAAUUAUCGUCAGCUGAAAAAAAAAUCAUGAUAUGAUAGUGUAUCAUCCCCAAUGAAUAAUUUUCAAACAUUGUCAUGGUAAUGUUGAAAUAGCACUUAUUAAAGCAGCAGAUGGGGAAUGUAAUUAUCAGAUAGGGAUGACAUUCUUUUUAUGACCUUUUUCCAUUAGAACCUGGUGAGUUGGAUCAGGGAAGAUGAUGAUGAUGUACAGCAUUUGUAUAGCGCCAUAUAUCUUUCAAAGACAUUCAAAGGCGCAUUGGAGGAGCCAGCCAAUCUGGGUCACCUGGAAGGGCGCGCAUACAGAACAGUGACCUGCAGGUCUCUCCUCCCGAUAACUGGUUGGGGAAUGCAGGUGGACCACUACACCAGGGUUCCCCCUACUCUUAUUCGAAUAGUGCAGUGGGUUCUUAACGUUUAUCUUGUGUUAAACACAAUUGUCUACAAUAUUAUAUAAGACAACUGAUUGUGGACCCAUAUUGUCUAUUCAUUGAAGCUUUAAUGUCACGAUAUUUUAUUAUCAUUAUUGUCAUAUCAUCCAGCCCUAUACAUAAGUCGUAAUAAGAUGUCCAUUCCUCUUGCCUACUGUACUGCACUAGGUACAAAAUAUGCUGAAUGUCAUCUAACAU